AUGGGGACGGUGGUGCCAGAUAGGGCGCCGAAGCUCACUUCUCGCAUUCAAUCUUGUUUGCCUCGGGAUAACCAUAGCACUGACCCGGCGGGUAUUGUAGGUAUUGUGCAUUACUUGACCAAAUGUGGUGUCAAAGUCUUGAUUGGCGACUUGCAGCCACCAACGGACCCAAUCGAUGGCCCGAUUUUCCAAAAGGCGGACGCUGGGAGCUGGGAGGAGCUGCUCGCCCUGUUCAAAAAGGCGCAGGAAGUAUUUGGCCGAAUUGAUAUCGUCGUGCCCAACGCUGGGUUUGGCGACCGUGGCGACUAUUACUUCCGCCAGGAUGCCGACGGAGAUCCCCUAAAGCCCGAGUUCCAGUGUCUCCAAGUCACCCUGAUCGGCCAGAUGUACACGGUGAAGUUGGCGAUGCAUUUCAUGCGCUCCCAAAAUCCCCAGGGCGGAGUCAUUGUGUCGACAGUGUCGCGAAGUGGCUACGACUGCCAAAGCAUUCCCGUUUAUGCCGCGGCCAAACAUGGCAUGAUCGGGCUGAUGCGUGGGCUGAGAAACCAUACGCCAACCUGGAAUAUCCGAGUGAACUCGAUCGCUCCCCAUGUCACAGACACAGCGGCAGUGAGGAGAGUGGAUUGGUUGGUUCCAGAGCUGAAGAGAGUCGGUAUCCCGGUGAGCACAGUAGAGGAGACGGCGAGAGCUGCGGCCUUCUUGGCUGCCAAUGAAGCGUAUAACGGCUGUACCAUCAGCAUCAUGGGGAGUGAGUAUCGCGAGUUGGAAAGCGGCGUCGAGAGACACAAGCAAGAUGUCAUGGGAAACGAUCCGAGAUUCAACAUGAGUCCUGAGCAGCAGGAGGUGAUGAACACGAUAUUCCCGCCGGGUUCAAAGUGGUAA